UCCUGAGACCCAGCCCAUUUACUUAUGUCCACUGUAGUGGACUUUGGCAUUUCAUCACUCUCCUUGGAUUUUUUUGUGUGAGUCCAUUAAUUCCUGCUGAACUGUACAGAGGACAUCCUGGUCUUUUCAGUGAUGUGUCAUUUGAUUGGGGGGUAUGCUGGAAACUCCCUCUUUCUUUCAAUCCAAAAUGGACGGCAUAGGAACAAACACAUUUUAUGGAAAGAUGAGAGGUGAGUCAAAUUUUGUUUGUCUAUGAUGUUGUUACUAUGACAAUCAUAUAUUUUCUUGUUUAUUAAGGUGUUAGGAAUCAUAUAUCUAGUUCUGAUAGCAACUAAAUGAUGCGCCUUUUAAAAUAUUUGCUAAUUUAUGAAUGUCAAUUGUAGUGGACAUCAGGACUAUCUUCAUGUAAAUAAUGACUCCACAUUGUCGUAGGAAACAGAACUGAAGCAGAAAGAAUUCUAUACCAAAUAGUUGAGGGAGAUUCAGAUUUGGAGUUGUCAGAUGAUGAGAGAGAUGAAGAUGAGGUUCAACCAGUGAUAGAAGAUGGUGAUAAAGAAGAAGAAGAUGAUGCAGAAGGCUCAGUUGAAGGGACAGAUACAGACACAGAUACAGACAGGGACGAGCAGGAAACUCGUCGCCCUCUGUGGGCCAGGAGCAACAUAUUUGCACCUGUGUUACCUGGGCUUCCUGUGUGUCAAGAAGAUGACCCUACAACAUGGGCGGACUGGAAUCCAAGUGAAUACUUUUCACAGUACAUUGACAACAAGGUCUUUGAAGAUUUAGCAACAUACACAAAUCAAAGAGAGCUGCAAAGCAGAGGAGUGUGUAUGAACACUACGCCACAAGAAAUAAAAAUCUUCUUUGGCAUUUCAGUCCACAUGGCAUGCCUUGGCUAUCCCAGAAUUAAAAUGUUUUGGGCCAAAAAAACUAAAGUGCCAGUCAUAAGUAACAAAAUGACAAGGGAUAGAUUCUUCAGGAUAAGAAACUCCCUCAAGAUUGUCAAUGACCUGGCUGUGACAGAGGAAACCAAGAAGGAAGAUAUUCUUUGGAAAGUCAGGCCACUACUUGAUUGUGUGCGGCAAGGCUGUCUCAGCCUUGCAAAGCCAGAAAGGGUCUGUAUUGAUGAGCAAAUCAUCCCAUUCACAGGCCGUUGUCCAGUCAGGCAGUAUGUUCCCGGCAAGCCAAACCCUACUGGUCUGAAGGUCUUUGUCCUUGCAUCCCCAAAUGGUCUGAUGCUUGAUUUUGAAGUCUACCAAGGGAAGAAUACCUUUCCAGCCCAAAGGUUAGGAGUUGGAGCUGCAGCAGUUCUACGCAUGGUUGAAUCUGUUCCAACAGGAAGCCACAUAUUCUUUGACAGGUACUUCACAACCAUAGAUCUUUUGGACACAUUGCUGGCAAAGGGCCUUCCUGCAACUGGAACUAUAAUGAAGAACCGUGUCCCAAAGCUGUGCCAGCUGCCAGUAGACAAACAUUUGAAAAAAGAGGGGAGAGGAACAUCAGUGUCAGUGGUCAGAAAGAGUCCUGAGCUGGCCAUCACAAAAUGGUUUGACAACAAACCAGUGCUCAUGGCAUCCACUGUACAUGGGAAAGACCCGGAAGACAUCUGUACCAGAUGGUCCAAGAAAGAAAAGCUCCUGGUCCAGGUCAGAAGACCAGCGGUAAUUAAGCAGUAUAAUGACAACAUGGGUGGUGUGGAUCUAUGUGAUCGCAUGCUUAGCUUCUAUCGAAUGUCAAGCAGGACCAAAAAAUGGACGUCGCGUGUGAUCAGUCACUUCUUUGAUGUUGCCAUCACAAACUCCUGGAUACAAUACAAGUCUGACAGCAAAGCUCUGCACAGACCAUCCAAGAACACACAUCAGUACCUGGACUUCAAAUUACUCCUAGCUGAAGAGCUGUUGGAGAGUUUGGAACUGGAUAAAAGCUGUGACGAGAGUGAGGAUGAGUAUGAGCCACCAUCUAAAAUGAGGAUCCCACAACCAGAGCCAUAUGUGCGCAGACUAGGAGCCAUGCACAUGCCUGAGAUGAUGGAUAUCAAGCAUGCAGAAAGAUGCAGAAAUAAGGGCUGCAGGAGCAAGACGUACAUGAGAUGCACCAGAUGCAAGAUGUUUCUCUGCAUUACCAAAAAGAGAAAUUGCUUCCAGGACUAUCACUGCUAA